UCGUCGUGGGGAGUCAAUGUAAAGCUGAUGAUUUUUCCACCCUUUACUUUCGAGUAUUGAAGCUUGUUUGGCACAAACAUCAGAUCCUACUACAAUAGAGGCUUGCUAUGAAUCAUCGUCAAGUCGUUACUGUCAAUCUCAUAUAGGGAAAUAAUUACCCAGUCAUCGCGUCACUACUUCUGUUGCAGGUUCAGGCGACAGACAAGAGUACAGAGAAAGAGAGGUUUGCAUAACUUGCAGUUUCUGAAUGCUGCUCAAUCAUGUAACUUCUCGGUUCUACUUCUUUGCAUUUGAUUACUUUGCUGGUUCACAUACCAGCAAGGAACUUUCUGUGGCCUGCGGCUCCCCAAAGAAGAAAAAGCAUGAGUCGGGCAUGUCUUGCAUGCCACAGUGUAGAAAGUCCUUCGCAUUCUUUUAGGAGUUACUCGGUGUCGAGUUCAGACAACGAGGGAAGAUGUUCUGCGAUCACCAACUGCUUGAACAGGAAGGUGUUUGUAGCCCACCUGAGAGCAAAUAAACCCAUUGCAUCAUCAUCUAAGGUCACCCCACAACCAAGUAUCCCAAACAACGUAGUUGCAGGCCCCCCACGCCUAGUUCGGAGCUGCGCUCUCAGAAGAGACCUUGUCAGAGACUGGAAUUUUGAUGAAGUGGUGAUGGAGAGGUAGCUAAUUAAUGAACUGGAAGAGGAAGAUGAGCUAUUCUCUUAGGAUAGUGUUGAGAGAGAGAGAGAGAGAGAUUUGAACUUCAUUGACUUGUGUUCUUGGCUGCAGUUGAACUCUUUGCUGUAAUGUGAAUUUGAGCUUCUAAUGAAACUUGUGAAGAGUUGAACUGGAAGAAUUUAUGUCUUCUCCUUCAACGUUGUCUUUUCUUUUGUGCAGUUUUUGCCUUUUGGAUUCACUGUGCUUUACCUUACCUUUUUAUUGGG